AUGAAAGGACUGGCUCUCCUCGGACUGGCCUCGGUGCCAUCUGCACUGGCAUUGGGCAUCCCCGCCCAACAAGUGCUGCUUCCUGGCAGCAUCGCCCACGGACUCGAAGCCCUCGUGCCCUCUGCUCGCGAGACUUGUCCACAGGCACCCAAAGUAGCCUCUCCCAAUGACGGACUCCAUUCAUCCUUGACCUUCUUGAAAGAUGAGGCCUUUCGUGCCCGCCAGGCCAAGCGGUUAUCACGGGCGGUGCAGGUGCCCACCACCGUUGGCGACUUCGCAACGGACCCAUACGACGAGUCCUUUGAGCCCAUCGUAGAAUUCCAAGCACUAUUGGAAGAACUCUUCCCUCUGGUUCACGCCAAGGCAAAGGUCGAGCAUAUCAACCGACUCGGCCUGGUCUUCACGCUUCAGGGUGCCGAUACCACCCGCAAGCCCAUUCUGUUCAUGGCACACCAAGACGUCGUCCCCAUUGACGAUCCCUCCGACUGGACGCACCCGCCCUUCGCGGGCGUUUUCGACGGCGAGUGGAUCUGGGGCCGUGGCUCGAGCGAUUGCAAGAAUGUCCUGAUCGGACUGCUGUCCAUCGUCGAGGAUCUCCUCUCGCAAAAAUGGAAGCCCCAGCGCACUGUCUUGUUAGCCUUUGGCUUUGACGAGGAGUCGCACGGUUUCUUGGGUGCUGGUUCAAUUGCUGCAGCUCUCGAGGAGCGAUACGGCAAGGAUAGUUUCGAGUUCAUCCUAGAUGAGGGUGGUAUGGGUCUGCAGAACCUCGGUGAUGACAAUGAGAUUCUGUAUGCCCUGCCCGGUGUCGGUGAGAAGGGCAGUCUCGAUCUCGUCCUGGAACUCGCCGUCCCCGGAGGCCACAGCUCUGUUCCACCCGCACACACGGGCAUUGGCAUGAUGGCCGAGAUCAUCUACGAGCUGGAGCGACAGGAGCUCUUCUCACCUCGUCUGGACCCAUCGCACCCUUCGUACGGUAUGCUCGAGUGCCAGGCCCGAUACUCGCCCAACUUCGUCGAGUCCUGGCUCUCCGACAAACUGGCCGAGGGCGACGCCGAAUCCCUCGGUGAAGCAGUAGCCUCAUCUCGCGGUCCCGCCGUCCGCUACACCCUGCAAACCUCCCAAGCCGCCGACCUCAUCAACGGCGGCGUCAAGACAAACGCUCUGCCAGAGAAAAUCUCCGCUGUCGUAAACUACCGCGUGGCACUGCACAUGACACCCGACCAACUCCGCGAGCGCGCCGUCCGUAUCAUCCGCCCCAUCGCCGCCGCUCACAACAUCACCCUACACAUCGACUUCCCCGGCGUCGCCAACACAGCCGACGAAUUCGGCGGAUCCGGCGACCGCACCCUCACUCUAUCCCCGCUCAUGGAGGCCCUGAGCCCCGCGCCCAUCUCCCCAACCGACCCGCUGACAUCCAAGACCUGGGCGCGAUUCUCCGGCGUGGCGCGCAGCGUCUUCGAGUCGCACUCUAACCCGUUGAGUUCCAAGACUGGCUCUGAGUCUGAAUCUACACCGACAGUCGUCGUCACGGGUGAUAUUAUGACUGGUAACACCGAUACGCGCUUCUACUGGUCUCUCUCGGAGAAUAUCUACCGGUGGAGCCCGUCGCGCCAGGGUGGGACCCUGAACAUCCACACUGUGGAUGAGCGGAUCCGUUUGGAUGUGCAUCUGGAGGGUAUGAUGCUGUACUAUGAUCUCAUCCGCUCCUUUGAUAAUUGGGACGAGGAGUCUGCGUAA